AUGUGCGUCGGGGAGGGGGGGGGAGAGAACGGCAACGUCGAUUCAUCACCUCUUGAUAUGGGUGCUUCGGGUGGUAUAGCGGACGAGUUCUCACGAAUUCUGGAGAUCAAGUGGGCCGACAACGAUACGCCUUUUGACUUUGAUCCACAUCCCUCGCAUGUCGGCCGGGACGACAUCACCCACGAUUUCAUUAUGGAGUCGGCCGCGUCUAUGUUCCACCUUGAUGACAUCGACAAUAUGACUCGUGCUGAACUGGAGUCGGGUCUAGAGAUGGGGCGAGAUCAGCAGGCGGAGGCGCCUGUAGUGGCGGGGGAGCUUGGAGUGGCGGGGGAGUCUGGAGUGCCGGGGGAGGGUGGAGAGGUGGGGGAGCCUGGGGUGGCAGGGAAGCCUGGAGUGGUAGUGGAGCCUGGAGUGGCAGGGGAGCGUGGAGUGGCAGGGGAGCCUGUAUUGGCGUAA